AUGUCAGUUUAUUCGACGGAUUCCUUAGAGAAUAGGAAUGAAAUUUCGCCGAGGGAGCAGGAAUCAUUGCACGAAUUCAGCAAUGAUUUAAACCUAUCGUCGAUUAAAGUUUCGACCGAUUUAUCACAGGAUGUACCAUUUUGUUUAGAACCGACCAGUGCAUUAUUAACUCGGGGGCAAGAUGCCGGAUCUAAUGAAACCGCGAGGAGGACAGCAGCCAGUAAGAAUGCGAUAAUUGCGAGCGAAGGAAUCGCAGACACGUCGAAGCGACGUCCGCCCCGGCGCCCGGCGUCUUCGAAGAACAGGAAACGAGACGUCACGAAUCGUGUCACAGCGCGAGUAUACACGCAUAAUCGAAAACAGGUGGGAUCAGGCUGUCGGAAAGGUUCCUCGAAGACGUUCUCGGCGAAACGAAGUUGCUGUUCGAAAGGAAACCCGAUGAUACCCGCGAAGCCGAACAAAAAGCUUGGCAACGUGCUCGCCCCGAGGAUGAUUCAGCAAGCGAGGAAGCCGCCGCGCUCCUAUUUGGAGCUUUAUCGCCAGAGAUUCAGUGGAGCACGGUACAACCGAUCCCCGGAGGGAUCCACCUUGUCGGUUUACGGAGACAGCCAACAAGAGCAGCUCACAGACGACGAUACGUGUUUACCGGCUACCCCGAGGGACGAUCGCAGCGAGUUAAGUUUUUACCGUGGUCUAAUCGAGGGAUCCACCAGCGCAGCAGGAUCUUCCGAAACCGUACAUCGAGACGCGUUGGAAGACACGAAAAGGUUCCGUGGUCGCUUGGAACGCAACGCGAUGGCCGACGAUAAAUCCAAGAGUCCCGGCUACCGGCCUUACACCAUCGACGAGUACAAGACUUUGCCAAUACCAAAGCUCGAUCGAUCUCUUGGGCCCGAUAAAGUUGAAAUGCAAGCGAAGAGAGAGUGGCUGACGCGGCAAAGGUCAUACGGGAACUCGGUUAGCGCGCAUAAUCGCCACCGGAUACUGAUGCAGGCGCAAAAGCUCAAGUCGAAGCACGACAUCGCUCAGAAGUGCUUUUUGCCUCCUUUGAAGGAUCAGGAUGCCGAUGUAAAGACGCAAUGCGAGUCUAUCUGUUCAACGACAUUCGAACAAGACCAAGAAACUACUGUUUCCAAGAAUACUAUCGCGAAUUCUAGUAAACAUUCCAAGAAAAAUGUCCACGUCCGUAAAGUAUCCUCGUUGAGCGAGUCGAAAAAAGUCGAGCGUACGUCGAGUCUAAUUGAAGAUCCAUAUUUGGAGUCCCUGAGGCAACGUCAUUUUUACGAGAUGGAGAAGGUGGAUCGUAUUAUAAAUCGAGCGCUGUGCCUUUGA